UUUGACAUUUUGUGUGUUUUCAAAAUGAUGGGGUUUGAGGUUACAAAUGGUAUAGAAUGUAAAUGAUGUACAUUUCCAUUUAUUGAAAAAAUUAGAUUAUCGAUUAGAUUGGAACCAAAGGCUUGCAUAUGAAUUUGGGGCUUUUUAAUCGUAUGAACUUAAAGGAAAGUAGUGAAAGUAAAGGGAUGUAUUCAGAAUGGACAUCCCUGAAUUUGACCUCACAGCAAAGGGGAGAAGAUAACAGUGUAUUAGAAAAAUUUGGAUUACCUAUUAGUAAAGAUAUUACUUUAGGUCUGGUACAUCAACUUGCAAGUAAUUUGGGAAUCACACAUCCACCCGAACCAAGUCCUUUAACAACUGAUAAAGAUGUGCAAUGGUGUAUGGAAGUAAUAUGUUUUGGCCUUUCACUUCCUCUAUCAGAACAUGAAGCUAUAAAGGACUGUGUUAAUAUCUACUGUGAAUGGCUCACUAGUCUCUUACCAAAUCCUAAAUUAUGUGUUCCUCAACCAAUUUUAGAUGAUCCAAAUAUCUAUGCUAGAAAAAUCAUUGGUCAUUUACAUUAUCUCUUUGUUCCACGUAAAGGAGAAGACUGGCCCUUUCUUUAUCAGGAUUUAGGGUUCGAUACAAUUCACAGACAGGCCGUAUUCUGUCAUAGAGUUUUGAGAACUCUACAACAAAUAUCUCACGAGUCCAAAUUAUUGGAAAGAGAAACCUGGGAAGCACUAUUACUGUUUCUUCUAGCAAUUAAUGAUACUUUGUUGUCUCCACCUAGUGUCAAAGAUGAUGUGGCUGAUCAAUUAUGUGAAAGGGUACUUAGUGUUCUUUUUGAGAUUUGGCUGAUUGCUUGUGCUCAAUGCUUUCCAACCCCUCCUUUAUGGAAAACUUUACGAGAAUCCUGUAUGAAUUGGAGGCAUAGAGUAGCUCUCAUUGAACAGUGGAAUCGUGUUAAUCUGGCCCUAACAUCCAAGGUUCUGGUGUUUAUGUAUGGUGGUUCUUUUCCAGAAUUAAAAAUAGGUGAAGAGGAUUUGAUACCUAGUGGUAUGUCUAAUGAUUGUAUAGCCCAAAGUUGGUAUAGAUUUUUGAAUACUAUUGGUAAUCCAGUCAGCUUAACCAAACCCAAAGUCAUAAGUCAAACACAAAAAUUUCUUCAGUUUGCUAUAAGUACUGAUGGGGUUAUUGACCCAUGCCAACAUCCAUGUCUUCAAGCGUUACCACUUAUCUUCCUUAAAGCUAUAAAGGGAAUCGCCGGACAAGUCGAUGCGUUCCUGGGUAUUGCACAGCCUGUAUGGUGGGAUGCUGUGGUGACAGGUGCCAGCAUUGACAAGAACAAAGAAGCUGUUCCGAUUACACAUUCCCCUACACCCCCCACUCAACGCAGACUAGCUAAAAGUUUUAGUGUUGCACCAUCCUCUUCUGCUAAGGGUAUACCAAAGGCUUCUUUAAUAGGCUUGACCACUAGUCGCAGCUCAGCUGUACCGACUCCGUCAGUUUCGAAUUCCGGUCCAUCUUCAGCUUCUAGUAUCUCAUCUCUCACAUCUUUUGGUCUGGAACCAAGGACACCUUUGGCUCCAGGAAGAGCAAAGUGUAACACAAUAUUACACCUGUUUGGAGAAUGGUUAUUCGAAGCAGCCUUCAUUGGCUGUGAAUUACCUCAAAGGCAACUAAUUGAUCAAAAACGACCAAACUCUGUGGUAAUGGACAGUAAAACUUCAUUAAACUUCUCUCAACCUGGUUCUAUGACUGACACCAGUGAGCUGCCUCCUGGCUUGACAAUCGACAAAUAUGAAAGUGGUAGAGCUGAAGCUCUUGGGACUCUUUGCCGAAUUAUGUGUGCCAAAAAAACCGGAGAAGAAAUUCUACCUGUAUACCUCGCUCGGUUCUACUUGGCCAUCAUUCAAGGUCUCAAAGUGUCAUCCUCUAGGGAAUGCGGUGAAUGUUUGGCCGCCAUUCUAAUCAACUCUCCUGACCUGUUUCACUUAGAUCUGGAUGGCGUGAGGAUUCUCAUGCCUGCUUUUAUUUCUGCACUAGAAGUUGUUUUGCCUGAAAAAGAUCUAAAAUUGAGUAGCAAUAUUAAUAAAGUGGAACUCAGGAAAGCAUCUAUACAUCUUUUGUUAUCAAUGUUGGUGCUGCCUCUGCAUUUCCAUGGCACUGUUAUCAAGGAACUCAUAAAUACAGGAUCAAGUGAAAAACCCGUUACUUUCAUUCAACUGAAACCAAAGUUGAUGAAUCUCUUGAUGAAUGCCUUGCAGAUAGAAUCUGAUCCUGCAAAUACACAUAUGCUUCUGGGAGGUUUAUUUUUGUGUGUUCAGGACUCUGCUAUUUUCGAAAAAGUUGACCAAGUAACCCAGCCUUCCACUGAAACUUCUUCCAAUUUGCUUAGCUCAGCUUCUGACACUGCAAGUAUGGUGAGCAUGGCUAGCAGUGAACGUUCCACAACAUCUGAUCAGUUUGGUUCCACUGAUUGUGACCCACUGUCGCUACACUUAGAUUCAGCACAUGCUCUGUUUGUGAGAGCGACAUAUUUAGUUUGCCAUCGAUUAAUUUCUUCUUGGAAAACGGAUUUGAAUGUAUCCCUUGCUGCUUUGGAGCUAUUAUCUGGUUUGGCUAGGAUUCACAUCAAAGGCUCAGAUGCAAUGGAAUGCAAGAGAGCUGUCAAAUGGCUCUGUGACUAUAUAGUUUCCCAGUGCUCACGUCCCCCACCUGCUCAUUCCAAAGAUUUACAUUCUACAAUUGUAGCUGCUUUUCAGUGCUGUUCAGUAUGGUUACUUGAACAUCCGUAUCUCCUUCGGGACAAAGAUUGUCUAAAUACAGUCUUAGAAGUUGCCGAAUUAGGAAUCUCCGGAACGAAAUCAGUAGGUAAACCAGGCGAACCCAUCAAAAUGAAGGAAGAAAAAGAACUGAAACCAGCUUCCAUGCGAGUGAGAGAUGCGGCUGAAAACCUUCUCACGUGUAUUUUAGAACAGGUUUCAUACUUUCCCAGUGAAUGCGGUCCUGAAUCUAUAUCCUCUUUGUUAGAUGAAGUGUCUCUUUUGAAACAUUGCAAUUCUUGGCCUACCGACUGUAAUGAUCAGUCUGCCGCUGUGGAGAGGUUUAGGUAUUUUGUGACAGAAGGAUCUGUGAUGCUGGCAUUGCUUGAAGAACCACUUGGCAAUGAUCAGGAUCCUCAACCUACAGUGACUUUAUUAAUUCGUGGUCCAUUCGGAAGACAUGCUUGGACAAUGCAACUACGACAUUUACCUAGACAUAAAUCGGGAACCAAAUAUCAUGCUCAUAAUGCUUGUCGCCCAGUUGUCAUGCAAGAUGCCCCGAUUAGAGCUCAAGUCAAGCAAAAAUAUUUUCCUGAUAGUGUCGAUAGAGUCAUGCAGUGUAAAGUCGAUCAGUCAAUUCCACCUCUUGAAGCAGUUUUGGCCAAUGAUGAAGCAUUGAAUAAAGAUAUAGAGAUGAUAACUCAAUUGAUGAAUAGGCAAAAUUCAGUGGAAUCAAAUAUAGCUCAGAGGCAGGCGUCUGCAACUUUAGAAGAGUGUACUCCUCCUCCUGUGUGUCAUGACUUCCAAACUGCUAGACUAUUUUUGUCACACUUUGGACUUUUGGCCUUGGAUGAACCUGAGGACGUCACAGAGAACGGUUUGCAUUUAUCUGCCCUAGAUAGCAGUGCCAGUGAAUUUUGUAAGGACCUGACCUUUCUGGAUAAUAUGAGUCCACGAACUUGUGACACAGUGCACAUAUUUUAUGUCAGAUCGCAGCAGACAGAAGCCGCGGAUAUAGUGAGCAAUGUCUUGAAUGAAAGUAUCCUCUCAACUUAUUUUUCAGAGUUCAUUCAUAGCCUAGGAUGGCCGGUUGAAAUCAGUAAACAUCCAGGUUGGACUGGUCAUACGUCUACUAGUUGGAGAGUGGCAGGAAGCACAGAACAGGGCACAACUCAAAAACAAAAAUUGUACGAUGGUUCAAGUCAUGUCCUUUACUGGGCAGAUGCUUGCUCUGAAUUGGCUUUUGUUAUUCCUUCUCAGUGGAAACCAAGUGAUUCUUCUUUAGAACAGUCUAGUUUCAACACGAGCAGCCUCUCAUCAUGGAGUGAUAGAAGCUGGUCAGAUAAGCGAGCCCUGAGUCUUGAUUUGGAUAAACAACCGGUGCCCCCAAAAAGAACAGUCCAUAGAUCUAAUUUGCACCCUCAUACUAAUACAAAAAUUAUGGUGGUUUGGCUUGAAAGUUUCGAGGAUCAUCUCAAUUUUCCCAUAGGGGAUUUGUUGAAUUGCAUGAAUACCGGCCUAGAAAGAGAUCAGAUUCCAAAAACUAGUGACGUCUUGGUGAUAUUUUUACAUCUCCUUUCUACGGGUUUGUUGAGGAUCCAUUUACAAGGACCAACAGGGCGAGUAAGUUUAGCUUCUCCUCUGGUUGACGGUAUGGUAGUUAGCAGAAGGGCUUUGGGACCUUUGGUGAGACACACUGCAUUAAAUAUGGCACGAAGGAAGAGACUUGAUUCUGAUAGUUAUCAACCACCACAUCUACGUAGGAGAUUGAAGAUUCAGGAAAUUGUUCAAAAAUAUAAAAGGGAAAUGACCAAACCAGAGUUGCUUACAUAUUUAUUCACUAGUACAUAAUUUGUUAUAUUUAUUUAUUUAUACUAAUGUUGUAACUCAAAUUGUAUUUAUUUAUUCAUGACUAUAAUAAAUGUUGAUUUAAGGCAAAGUUGAUUUGUUACUGAAUAAAUUCCUGAUGUUCUGUGAUUAUAAAAUGAUCAUACACAUUAACAAUCAUAACUAUGCAAUUCUUUUGAACAGUCUUAUUCUAGACUUGUUGAGCAGAAGAGAAUGGCCUUAUUACAUGCCUGGAACUUCUCGAAAGGGUUCACUUACAUGUGCCAAAGAGAACUUUGAGAAAUAAUGACCUGUUUCACUUUUCUUUCCAUUAUGCAAACUAUGGAAUGUACUCUACUAUUGAUUAUUCAUUCAGAAUGUUGAAUAAAAAACCUACAUCUAGAGAUCACAGGUAUAUGCCUGUAAACAUCCAAAUUCCUUCUGAGAGGGACUUGAAAAUUAAUUAUAUAACAAAUGUGAAGUACUUUCACUCAUUUUUACACAUGCUCGAGUUCACUUCAAGUCUUACUUUUACAUUAUUAAAGUUUAAUUUUUAAAUUGUAUAUAAAUAUUUAUUAUAUUUGAUACUUGAACUAUUAUAAAAGGGGUAAUCCUGUGUAAUAAAUAAAUAAAUCUAAUUUGUCAUUAUCGUCUAUCAGAUAUAUCUGGAAACCGCUUUGUUUGGACUGAAUUGAAAUAAAGUUGUCAGGCAUUGCAUUGCAGCUAACCUACAAAUGUUCACUAAUUAUGGUACAAACAUUUUCAAUAAGUCACUAAUCAUACUUAAGUUUGAAAGCAAAUUUAAUGCACUGAUUUCUAUGGUUAUUCAUUAUUUAAAAGUUUCUUGAAGGUCGACGUUCAGCUAGCAUCACAGAUGGCAGUAUCAGGAACUGUUCAUACUCCUGCUUCGUAAGCUAGCUCUGUAGUAUUUUUGGUUACAUCGUGGUGCUCCAGAAGUUAUUUUGGUUAGCUUUAGCAAUAAAAGAUAUGGGGUUCUCCUCUACACAGAUCAAAUUCCAUUAUUGUUUGAUCCUUACU